AUGAAAUAUAUUUUUAUUUUUAUUUUUUUAUUUUUUAUUGUCAAAAAAUCAUUGUCGCAACCAACUGUUAAUAAUAUAUUUAAAAAGCCAACAGGCGACUUUAAUAUUAUUGAAAAUUGGGAUAAAGGUGUUCCAACACUUAAUGAUGGCUACCGUGCUAUAAUCGGUGUUUCAGAGAGUGGGGGAGCUUGGUCAAACCAACAAGUUACCAACUUUAAUGGUCCAGCAAAUGCUUUUUGGAUUCAAGUAGGUCAAAGCUCAACACUUGGAAAUACUUUUACUACAACAUAUGGUGUAAAUGCAGAAAACUUUAUAAUUGUAAAUAAAGCCUUAGUAAGUUUUCAAAUAGCUGGCAAUCCAACCACUAAUGCAGCAAAUUAUUACUGUGACAUUGAUAAAUUCUCAUUAAUUGCAGCAAAUAUAUCUAUAACAAAAAAUUUUAAAUCUGAUGCAAUUUUUGUUCUAGACCCAACCAGCUAUAUGAAUGUAGUAAGCUCUACCUUUAAUACAAAAAUAAUUCAAAACACUCAAAGCUUUUCAUUUUAUAAAGAUUCUAAAAUCGUCUUAAUGGGUCUAAAAGGUUUUGAAAAUUCAUCACAUGAAUUCCAUAAUACAGACCUCUUAGUUAACAAUAACCCAGAGCAAGGCUCAUCAUGGUUCGAUACAAAUACAGAAGUUUAUUUUUAUAAUUCAAACUACACAAGCUAUGAUAUAUUUAAUAUAUAUAAUAACUCUGAAAUGUUUUUAUUUGAUUCAGAUGCUAAAUUUAUUUAUGAUAAUGAUGGUGAAAAUUACAUUGGUUUACAAAUUAAAAAAAGUGCUUUAUAUGUAGUUGGCUCUACUUUUUACAGCUCAAAGUAUAUUGGUAACUAUGAUAGUCAAAUUAUAUUCGAAGACUCAACUGGUACCAUAAGCAAUGACUUUAAUCUCUUUGAUCACUCUGUUUUAUAUGGCGAUAAUAGUAAAAUUACAUUUAAUAAUAUUUUCAGUAUCUAUAAUACCUCACAACUAAAUAUCAAAGAUAAUUCAAAUGUAAAUAUUUUAGGUGCAGUUUCUAUAACUGACCAAGGUGUUGCUUCAAUAAAUAAUUCCAUCUUUACCGUUAAUAACAAAAACAUUGACCCAAGUAAUACCAAACUUUAUUUCCAAAUCUAUGAUUCAGCUAAAUUUUUCAGCUACAACUCCCAACUUUCAAUUGAAUGCUAUUUUUUAGCUGCUGAUGACUCAGAUAUCUAUUUUGAAUCCAGUAGUGUAUCAAUUAACUCCUUUGCCCAGCUUUCUGAAAAAAGUACCAUGACCUUGAGAAAAUCAACAAUCAGUUUAGAUGAAGAUUUAAGCCUAUGGGAAAAUUCAAAUUUUGCUUUAUUAAACCAAAGUACAUUAACUGUUUUGGGUUAUCUAUCAUUUUAUAAUCAAUCUUUUAUGACUGUUAGAGACUCAAAAGUAACAAUCAGUGGCUUUGUAUAUGACUACACUUCCGCAAUUAAAAAUUACUAUUUUGCUAUAAUUAAUUCAAAUUUUAAUGUUAAUGGAUAUUUUAUUUCUUAUGGCUCUUUAUUGCUUAAAUCAGGUUCCACUUUCAAUGUCAACAAUCAAUUUACAAUUAAAGGUUAUUUUAAUAUUGAAUCAAAUUCUCAGUUUUCAAUUAAAGGUUCUUUUAUUAACUACGGUAUUGUUGAAAUGACAGAUUCCAAAGGUUUUAUUGAAGAUGGUCAAUUAAAAUUAACGGACAACUCUGAUUUUACCUUAACAAAUUCAGAAAUUACAUUAAAGAAUGGAGAUUUGUUAUUAAGUUCAAGUGCAAAUCUUCAACUAAUCAACUCCCAAAUUCUUAACCAAGAUGGUUCUUUAACUUUUGAUGGUGAAAUCCAUUUAAAUAGUAAGAGCUCAUUAAAAAACUCUGCCCACUUUAUUUUAAAUAACAAUAUCGUACCAUCAGAAUCAGGCUCCCAAACAUUUGAUAACUCUGGAACUCUAGAUAUUAAUAAUGGUAAUGAAACCACAACAAAUAUUUUAGUUCCAAUGACUAAUGCCGGUACUGUUAAUCUUGGUAAAAAUGCUUUUAUUAUAUCAUACACCCAAACCAAUGGUAAUUUAAUAUUAAACAAAGCAGUUCUUUCCUCAAAUAAUACAAUUAUUGUAAAUAAUAGUGGUAUUCAAGGUAGUGGCCAAUUAAAUGGUUCAAUUACAACUAAUGGAGGUAAAUUAGGUAAUAGUUCCAUUUCUAAUCUCGAUAUUAAUGGUGAUUUAGAUUCCUACAAAGAUACCUAUACCUUUACUUUAGAUAGCAAUACAACCUCAUCUUUUAUCAACAUUUCAAAUAAUGCCACAAUUAACAACUCCACUUUAGUUAUUAGAGUCAAUGUCAAUUUGUUAACAGAUGGAACCCAAUUGAACACCACCUUGAUCCAAUCUAACAAUUUAAAAGGUAAUGGUUUUUCAAAUAUUAUUUUCAAGAGCUAUGAUCCAAAAGCAAAUACAGAAAGCGAUAUUGAAGGUUGCAAACACUCUGUCGCAUAUAAUAGAGGUACUUUAGGUGUCCUUUUAAAUAGUAAUAAAGAUAAAGAAUGCUCAAGUAACAAUGGUAGUACAGGUGGUACAGAUGGAGGUGAUGGUGGUGAUGGUGGAGAAAAAACCUAUUUUGGAAACUCGUUAACUGCUGGUGCAAUUGCAGGUAUUGUUGUUGGUAUUGCUGCAUUUGUAGUUAUCGCUGGUGUUAUUGUCCAUUUUAGAAAUAAAAUUCCAAAAGUUGAAAGAUUAUCAUUCAAACUUAAACAAGUUAAUAAUAAUGCAUAA